AUGUUAAUUUUUCUAAUAUUUACUAUUGCUUAAGCUUUUAAUGCAGAUAAUACCUAUGCAAUACAUACAAUAGAGAGGGAUGUACAAGAUAAGUAUAAAGAUUACCCUGAACUUUAUGCUAUAUAAAACAUUUUAGAUUCCAUUAGUAAAGAAAUAACUCUAAAAGGUAUUGCAUUUAUAAUUAUAAUAGAUGGAAGAAAAGUCUUAUGUCAAAUACCAAUACCUCAAAUACCUAAAUCAAUUAUAGUGGAUGAAUUAUCAAUUAUAAGAAAUUUGACAGAAGAUGAUGCUAAUAAAAUUUUAUUUCCAUUAAUAGGUUAAUGUGUACAUCAUACAACAAAAGAAUUUUUAUAUGAAUAUUGUUUCAGAAAACAUGUUAGAUAGUAUGAUGAUUUAAAUACAAUGUUGAAUAUGUAAAAGAUUGUAAGACUUAUAUUAAUAUUCUAAGUUAAAAGAGGACUUUAGUUUGGGUUAUUCGAAUUAAUUUAUAUCUUAGAAUUAUUCCUAUACAUAGUUUGAACCUCAUAAUUCUUUCUAUUAUUUAGAUACUAAUUAUCAUUAAAUACGAUAAUAGAUAGAUCGAUUAAUCAUUAUUGAAGGAUGUUUGGCCAAAUUGAGAAAUUUAUAAAUAUCAGAGAAAUUUGAAUAUUAACUCAAUGUUUCAACAUCUGAAAAAGUAUAUACAUUUCGUGUAAUUCAAGUCAUUUAUAAUGAAUUGCUAUUAUUAUCUUAAUGUUCAGAUAUUGUUAUCAUUUCAGAUUAUUUUGAGAUAAUUUAAAUAAAAAAAUCUAAAUCUGUUAUUAAAUAGAAUCAAUAUUAUCAAUAUAAGAAUAUUAUUUUUGGAUUGACUCUCUAAGCUCAGAAUAUGUUUCAUUCUCAAUAGAGUAUUGGAUUAAUUUUAACAGAUAAAAUAUUUAUAGUUUAAGUAAAUAAAAUCAUUGAUUUUUGUGCUAUUUAAGUAUAAGGAUUCUUACCAAAUAUUAAAGACUAAAAAUAUCCCUUUUAAAUAAAAAAUUUAAUUAUAAUGGAUACUAAUGCUAUUUAUGAAGAAUUAAAAGGAUCUGUACUAAUUCAUGAGAAUAUAUUAUUUUUUCAUUCUGAUAAUAAGUUUAAUAUUAAUGAUUCAAUUACUAUUUUUGAUAAUACUACUUCAUCAUUUAGUUAUGUUGAAACUUUUAGAAUUAAUCAAUAUCAUAAUGGAAUUGCAUUUUUGGAUAAAUAAUUAACCAAGGGUUUAAAUUAUGAAGGAAUAGGUUUUAUUAGAAGGAAUAGUUAAUUUAAUUAAAUAUUAGAUAUUAUACAACCCUAAGUUGAUACAUAUGAAUUUGAUGAAGUUGAAUUAAUUUCUUUGACUAAAUUAGAAUUUGAUCUAGUUUAAGUUCAUGUAUUUAAUGAUUCAACUUAAGGAUACAAAAUAAAAUAAAAAUAUUAAAAAUAUAUGGGAAUUACAUUUUCUAUUUAUUAAUUAAAUAAUGAGACAUCUUGCUCAUUAUUUCUCAAUAUAAUAAGUGAAAUGUAUUUAACAACUUUUAUUUCUAUACUUACAACACCAUAACAAAAUAUUUUUAUUAAAACACUAAAUGGAAAUUAUACUUAAAUGGAAUCUAGAUUUUAAAAUAGUAGUCUUAUAAAUCAAUUAUAUUGGAUUAUAGUAGAUACCCAAAUUGAUAUAUUAUAUAUUGGAAAAGGUAAUGAAAUCAGAUUAGCAAACAAACUAAUUGAAUUUUAAAUGUAAAGAAAAAGAAAUAUAAGUUCAUCAAUUAUAUUUGAAUUUGAUAAGAAAUCUAUUGGUUUGAAGAUCUAUGAUAUUAUGAUACUACCAUUAAUCAAUUUUGGAUUAUUCACUACAACAUUCUCAACUGGAUACUAUCAUCCAUUAAAUUAUACAGGUUAAAUAAAUGGAGUCUUUGAAGAAAGUUAUAGAUUUGGUAGUUUCUGUAAUCCUAUUAAUUCCACUAGAUAUAGUUAAAUUAAGAUUUAAUGUCAUCCAGGGGAUUUAAUGAGAUUUAUCUCUGUUACAGAAGAGGAAAUUUGUAAAUAUCAAAUUAAAAUUGGAACUUAUUUAUUAUGCGAUAAAAAAUAAGAUAUUAUAGAACCAAGUGAACAUCCUAUUCUUUGUAUAUUAAAAUAAUGA